AUGAGUGCACAAGCUGAAACUGUUUCAGCUUCAAUAAAUAGUUUUCGUAGCUGCACGAUGGAGAUAAACAACAUCAGUAGGAUUUACUGUCUCACCAACCCAAAGACACACAUGAUCAGUGGCUAUGUCUUCCGCCCUCCUCAACCAACAAUACAGCCAAACAAAACAGACGUGUGUGCCUUUGCCAAGACAGGACUGGGUUUCAGAGGAGCGGUUGGUGUGCUGACAUAUGAGCUGUCCCAUGUGGAGACUCAGCAUGGUGAAAAAGUGUUAGCCAUCAUGUUCUCCGUUCCAUUUGACUACAACCUCUAUGAAAACUGGCUGGCAGUGGGUGUCUUCAACAAAACCCGGAAAUGCAAUGAAAAAUUGUUCAAACACAUGUAUUAUGACGAGAAUGGUGACUUCAAACGCAUUAAAGCUAGGGAGUCUGGAAUGGUGUUUACAGAAGAUACAGUGGAGAUCAUGGCCAGCAUGGGCAGUGGGGGAAGAACCGUGAUUAAGAUGGAGAUUUAUGAUAAACAAGAUUAG